AAAGGAAAGACGUCUGAAGGGCUCGCGAGAUCUCACAACACCCGACCGGAAAGGUUCUCGGGAAGUUGAAGCGCCCAGAGACAACCCCUGAGCAAAUGGCUGGGGCUGGGCCGACCAUGCUACUACGAGAGGAGAAUGGCUGUUGCAGUCGGCGUCAAAGUAGCUCCAGCGCCGGGGUUAGCACGGGUUCGGGUUCAGAGAUUGAGGAGCAGUCGGGCACCAAGAUGGGGGACUCGGACGGGGAGCAUGAAGAUUCUCCUGCUGCGCGUGCCCGGCAGCAACUGGAGGCACUGCUCAACAAGACUAUGCGUAUUCGCAUGACAGAUGGGCGGACACUAGUCGGCUGCUUCCUCUGCACCGACCGCGACUGCAAUGUCAUUCUGGGCUCAGCACAGGAGUUCCUCAAGCCGUCGGAUUCCUUCUCUGCUGGGGAACCUCGUGUGCUGGGUCUGGCCAUGGUACCAGGACACCACAUCGUUUCCAUUGAGGUGCAGAGGGAAAGCCUUGCAGGGCCCCCCUAUCUUUGACCACAAUCGUGCAUGUCUUUGAGACUUAAUUAAAUUUCUGACAGAAGUGU